AACGAGAACAUCUCCCCCUCUCCUCCCCGCCAAAAAAAAACCAGUGAGCCUUCGCGUCCCGCGAUACUCCCCCCUUCCCGCCCAGUCACCGCUGCCAUCUUUGGCAGAGGCGCAUACUCCGAGCCGCACACCUCCUCCGUUCCGAUGGCAUCCAUGGAUUCGGGCACCCACCUCGCCGGCACUUCGACCCUGGUGGCCGGGCAUCUUGCCAGCCCGGGCGGCUCCUUGGGGAACCACUGCACCGACUUUGCCCCGGCGCACGCGAUCUCCCCGCCGGCGGAGUUGCUGGACGACAUGAAGGCGCCGCUGGUGAGCGGCGGUGCUGGCGGCGCCGGCGUCGGCGUCGGCGGUGGCACCGAUAUGGCGGCGGUGGCCACCACUGCCGCCGCCACCGCCACCGCCGCCACCACCACCUCCGCUGCUGCUGCCAACGUCACUGCCCCGGGGCAGGCCAAGCAGCCCUCCAUCAUGCGGCAUGUGGCCCUGGGCGCCGUGGCCAAUGUCAUUGCCGCCAACAUCAGCCACCCGCUGGAGGUGGUCAAGGUCCGCCUGCAGAUGGCCGGCAUGGCGGCCCAGGCGGCCAAGGGGGUGGCCCCGUCGGCCAAGCCGUCCGCGGUGGCGGUCCCCCCGGCACCGGCGACCACGGCGGCCGCGGCUCCGGUGGCCAGUCCCCCGGCCACCGCCGCCCCGGUGACCGCUGUCACCAACAGCCAGAUGGCCAACGCCACCUCGGUGGCCCUGCGCGGCUCGACGGCCUCCUCGCUGGGGGCGGCGGCCGCCGCGCCGGCCACCGCCAUCACCCCCCGGGUGACCAUGUACUCGGUGGCCCGCGAUCUGUACAAGCUCGAGGGUCCCCGGUCUUUCUUCCGUGGCCUCUCGGCCGCAUACAUGUUCCAGAUCGUCAUGAACGGCGUGCGUCUGGGGAUGUAUGAUACCGUGGCCAACACCCUGUACCCGCCGAAGCCCGGCGACACGUCGGCCACCACCGCCACACAGAUGCCCCUCCUGGUGACCCUGGUCGUCAGUAUCGGCGCCGGUGGCCUUGGCUCUUUCCUGGCCUCGCCGUUCUACCUGAUCAAGACCCGCCAGCAGGCAGUCUUCUGCCCUCGAAGCACCCCUGGCGCCGCGGGGUCCUUCAUCCACCAUACCCGGGCUCUGCUCUUCCCGCCGACCUACUCGGCGGCGCCGGCCCCCCUGAGCGGCACUGCCGGCAAUCACCCGGCCCUCGUCCCGGAGCAGCGCCCCAGCCUGGCGGUCCUGACGGCCCGCGCCUGGAAGGGAUCGAAUGUGGCGGCCGCCCGGACAGCCGUCGGGUCUUGCUCCCAGCUGGCCGGCUAUGGCAUGAUGCUGCGCUUCCUCCGGUCAGACUCGAUGGCCGGCUUCUCCCCGACCCCGGGGUCCACGGGGGAGAUCACCAUCGCCGCCGCCUCGGCCGCCUGCUUCACAUCCAUCUUCAUGACCCCGCUCGAUGUGGUCAGCACGCGCCUCUACGCGGAGAAGUCCUCCUCCGCCGGGGCCAGCCUCAUGAGCCGUGGCCUGCAGAUUGCCCGGACCGAGGGCCUGGCCGGCCUGUACAGCGGCGCCGGUGCGCUGCUUGUCCGGACAGCCCCGCACACCAUCGCCGCCCUGGUGGCAUGGGAGUGGCUGAAGAAGGUCGUCUAAGGCGCGCGCGGCCCUGGCCAGCCCUUUUGCCGGUGCUACCCCGCCGGGCAGUGGGCGAGGGGGCAUCUGUGCCGCUUUGUCUUGUGAAUUGGCUUCCCCCCACCCUCCCCACCCUCCCCAGGCACAUGCCCUUCUCUGCUUCUCUCUUCCUCCCUCUCUUCUCCAUAGUUCUGGAGGCGAUGGCGAGUGCAGGUGGGAGAGCAGCCAGCGCGCGGGGACAGGGAUGUCACAUGCCGCACAUUCGUCCCCAGUUGCGCGCCUCCCUCUCCUCCUCCCCCCCCCCCCCAC